UGUGGCUGCCGCAUCUUGAUAGACUUUCAAAAUAUCUUGCCUCUUCUUUAAGAUGAUGCGUAGAUGUUUUAUAAUUUUCACAUCUUUUCUUGUUAUACACUUGAAUAUCUCAUAAAUUAUUCUUUCUACAUCGCGCAACUGAGGUCUAUCGAAUAUGUGGAGACCUCCGUUUCCCUCUCUACCGGGCGCGCAAACUUUUGCAUCAGCACCUUCGGUAAAUCAACGACAUACCCCUCCCAGAUUUCAGACGCACCUUCGACAACCAGCUAUUGCACAGAGUACAGUAACCAACCCUGAGGCAGUAGCACCUAUACAGCAUUGGGGCUCUCCUCCUAGAUUACAUGGUCCACUUCACCCAUCAAUGGCUGGUCCCAACCCACCAAGGAGUAUGCUCUCAACAGCUCCAGCUCCAAUGAUUUCAGCUAGAGGAAUGACAUCUCCCCAGCACCAGUCACGUAAACCCAUGACUGCGCCUUCACCUGUUUUGGUUCCAUCCCCAGUCAGACAGUCUUCGCCUUUCACUAUCCCACCAUGGCAAGUGAGGAACCCCCAACAAUCUGGAUUCAAUUUGAACCAGUCAUCUUCUGUUAUGGUAUCCACCCCACCUUCCAUCAACAGAAUUACACCUUCAACCCAGCAGGUGUUUGUGUCUUCUCCUAAAGUUCCUCCAGGAGGUGCCCCAUCUCUUGGACAGCAUCCACCUGUGACUUUUGCUUUUACUCCAGCAAGAAUUCCUCCAUCUCCAGUGCAGGGAUUACCUCAGUCAUCUACUUCACCCUCUUUUACCAAAGUUGUUGGCCCAAUUAAUGAGCCAUUAACAUCUUCAUCAGUCCCUUCACCUAAAGGAGUCCAAGCUCCGCAGUCUUCUCCUUUUAAUAAUCCACUUUGGCAGGUUAAACACCCACAACCAACCCUAAGAUCUCCAGGUCUGACUCUCUACCCUAGAACACAAACGUCUUCAGUGUCAUCUGUACCAAUAGGGAUGCCACCUGUGCCUAGAGGGAUGCCACCUGUGCCUAGAGGGAUGUCAGCUGUGCCUAGAGGGAUGUCAGCUGUACCUAGAGGGAUGUCAGCUGUGCCUAGAGGGAUGUCAGCUGUGCCUAGAGGGAUGUCACCUGUGCCUAGAGGGGUGCCAUUUCCAGUGGGAGUUCUACAUCAACGACCGCAGUCAUUAUCAUUGAACAGUUCAGCUGGGCAGACUAGAAAUCCUCAACCUGAUCCCAGCUUUAACCUGAGGCAUUCUUUUGCAGCAGGCUUUAAUAGACACUUGCUUGAGCCACAGUGGAGGACUGCAGUGCCUAAUAUUCAACACCCCAGUCAUGGAGAAAACUUAGGUCCUUUUGAUCUUCAAAGAGAAAAUGUCUACAGUAAAAAUAAAACUCAGUCCCCUGAAAUGAAACAGUUCAUUUCUGGCAAAAGUAGAAAUUCUGAUUCCAGUCUUAAUGGUAGACCUCUUUACCGAAGGACAGGUUCUCACAGAGAAGGACAUAGAGGAAGAGAGCCAGGAAAAAGGAGGAGCUAUGUGCCAGGUGCAGGUGGCAGAGCUAGUCCUCGAGUUGACCGCUGUUAUUCUCCGCCACCUCCAGAUAUUGAAAGAGUGAUAACUUAUCUGGCAUCAGACGAUUUGUAUAUCAAAAAGCAGAAUAGUGAGGGUGGCAUUUCUAUCGUUCAGGGAACAGAAAAGCUUAGUGAACUUCAGAACAAAUUUCAAAAGGAAAUAGUUAACAUGACAGCUGUGAUUGCUGAAGAUGAUGAGGAGAGUGUUGACAGUGGGCAAAGCAACCCCACCGAAACAGAUGUUGGUGAUGUAGAGUUGCCAAUGGACAGUGAAGCUGAUGACGGCCCUGAAUCAUGGAUCAGAGAAGGGACGAGUGUCAGUAAUUUGACAGAAUUCCUCAGUGAUGAGGAAUCGAACAUUGAUGAAGAUGACAGUGAGAUUGGAAGCAAAAGGUUGAGCAGCAGUAGCUCUGAAUCAGAUGACAGUGAUGACAAUGAAGACGAUGAGGAAAGUGGGAGCUCUGAUCAUGAUAAAAAUUUGCAUGAACAAGUUCACAAAGGUUCUGUUGUUGAAGAGACCAGGAAAAGAAAGAUGCAAGAUCCUCUUCGUCUUCAUCCAGAACUAUGGUUCAAUGAAAAAGGAGAGACAAAUGAUGGUGCAGUCUGCCGCUGUAGUUUAUCUGACAAGCAGCAUGGAAUUCGUCAUGGUAUCUACCCUGGUGAAUCUGUCAUUCCCGCCUGUGACCCUUUAACAAACAAUGCAGACAAAUUGCAUCAUUACUGGGUGACUGUUACACCACAUUCCAACUUCAUGACAGAAAAUCCUACUAUCAUCCAGUUUGAUGGAAAGGAUUACACAUUUGAGGGAUUUUCAAUGUUUUCCCAUCAGCCACUUAAGGAUAUACCAAGUUUUUCAGUGAUUAGAUUCAACAUUGAGUAUACUCUUCAUUUCAUCAGUCAGCCAGUUUCAGAGAAUUUUUGUGUCAGAGAUCUUGACUUGUUCACAGAGUUUUUCUUCUACAAAGUGCUAGAACUGGCAGAUUGGGACUUAAAUGGAAAUGUUCAGGAUUCAUGUCAGAGAUUUCACUUUAUGCCAAGAUUUGUCCACAGAUCUUCAAAUGUGAGUAAUUCAGCUGCAAACCAUGAACUUCUUUCAAUGAGCCAUGUCUUGUCCCAUAUUUUAGACUCCGCUGAACCUCUUGUUAAGCCAGGUGAUUUUACUUUAAAUGCUGACAAAUUGGGGGAAUAUUCAAAAUCAUGUGUCAACUCUCUUGUCAUGAACCCAAACAAGAAACCAGUGGCCAUCAGGGUUGACGACCUACAGUUUCAUACAGAUGAAAAGCAAUUGUCCAACGGAAAGAAAUACCCGUAUAUUGUGCACCACGGUAUCAGGCCAGUGCAGAUGAGUUUUGCAGGGGAUCCUAAGUAUCAAAAGCUAUACAGGUCAUACGUCAAGCUAAGGACGCUGAUUUCAAACACGGCAGUACCAAGUCGAAAGAACCAAGACAAGCUGGUCAAACUAAAGAUCGAAUUAGAAAAUAUGCGCGUAAAGAGCGCUAUGCGUCGUGAUGUAUUGGUAGAAGUCAGCAGUAAAGGAAUGAUCAAAACUGGCCUCAAGUCUGAUGUCUGCCAGCAUGCUCUACUCCUUCCUGUAUUCGUACACCAUGUGCGUUACCACAUGUGUCUGAAAACGCUGGACGAGAGGAUGGGUUACGUAUUCAAAGACCGAUCUUUAUUACAGCUUGCCCUAACCCAUCCUUCGUAUCACCUCAACUUUGGUAUGAACCCAGACCAUGCCCGCAAUUCACUUUCAAAUUGUGGAGUAAAGCAGCCGAGAUAUGGUGACAGAAAAAUCCGACAUCUGCACACGCGCAAAAAAGGUAUAACCCAACUGAUACGUGUAAUGUCUAACCUCGGCAAGAUGGAAGAACAUCAGUCUAUGAUACGACACAACGAGAGGCUUGAAUUCCUUGGAGAUGCUGUUCUCGAGUUGAUUAGCAGUGUUCACCUGUAUUUUAUGCUACCGUCAAAGACUGAGGGAGGUUUAGCCAUGUACCGCUCAGCUUUGGUGCAAAACAAACAUCUGGCACAACUCGCUAAGAAACUGGGUUUGUCCGACUACAUGCAGUAUUCGCACGGCCCAGAUUUGUGCGUGGAAGACGAUCUCAAUCACGCCAUGGCAAACUGCUUUGAAGCCUUGCUUGGGGCUAUGUAUUUGGAGAGUGGUCUGACAUCAGCUACGAUUCUGUUCACAAACGUGGCCUUUGAAGAACAGGAACUCAGAGAUGUCUGGACAAACUUGCCAAAGCAUCCUUUACAGGCUCAACAACCAGACGGCGACAGACACUUGAUAGCGUCAUCCCCAAUUCUUCAGAAACUGGAGGAGUUUGAGAAAGCAAGUGGAAUUGAGUUCACCCACAUUCGGCUGCUGGCGCGUGCCUUCACCCAUCCCCAAGUCGGCUUCAACAAUCUCACACUUGGCAGCAACCAGCGUAUGGAAUUCUUGGGUGACUCUGUUUUGCAGUUUGUCGUGUCCGUGUAUCUCUUCAAGCACUUCCCUGAACACCACGAGGGACAUCUAACGUUGCUGCGAAGCUCUCUCGUCAAUCAUCGAAUCCAGGCAACGAUCGCGCGAGAGCUGGGACUGGACAAGCUGAUAAAUUUUGGAAACCAGGGAAUGAAUUCCUAUCGGGAGAAGCUUCUUGCAGAUAUACUGGAAGCUUUUGUUGCUGCCCUGUACGUGGAUAAAGGUUUACGAUACGUGGAAACGUUUUGCCAUGUCUGUCUCUUCCCACGGCUCGAGGAGUUUAUUAUUAAUCAAGAUUGGAUGGAUGCCAAAUCACAGUUACAGCAGUGUUGUCUGACCUCUCGUGAGCAAGGAAAAAUACCGGAUCUUCCACAAUACAAAGUACUACAGAACAGGGGUCCUGCUCAUCAUAAACGUUAUACAGUUGCUGUUUAUUAUAAAGGAAGAAGAAUGGGCUCUGGCGAAGGCAAGAGUAUUCAACAAGCAGAAAUGGCGGCAGCAAAGGAUGCUCUGGCAUCUCACUAUUUCCCAGAGCUGGCUAGACAGAAGCGUCUUCUUGACCUAAAACAUCAGGGGCGACGGCGAAACUACUGGAACAAAGUACCGCGUAAAGAAUCGGAGGAAAAACGCGAUCGUGAAGAGGACGUUGAAGUUUUACCUCGUUGGGAAGAAAAGGAAACUUUCGAAGAAGACGACAACACAGAUGUAACACAAGAAGAAUGUCAGCCACAAGAACAGUAAAAACACUUUUCUGUUAAAACGCUAACUGUAUUGUCACUGGUGUAAAGACGGGGGGGAGGGGUUAUGGGUGACGUGACCUCCAGGAAUCUUAAUUAAAUUAGUAAAGGAGGCGGAACGAAACGUAAAAAAAAAAGAUUCCUGUAAGGGGAAAAUUGCGCGAAAAACUCCUUGGAAAUCAAAAUAGUUAGCCCGAGAAAAUCACUGGAUUCCCUUCCAAACGUUGUCAGUUGGAAGUUAAAUAUUUUUUCAAAUUUUUAUUAUGACUGUAUUUAUAGUUUUAACCAACUUCUAGCGAAGAAAAUAUUUCAAGUAAAAUUAUUUUUAAGUAAAGUUUAUUUAUUACAGAGAACCUAUAAAAUAUCUAAAAGUGCAUUUAAAGCAAAACACUUUUAUUACGUUUAUAGAAAGAAAAAAAUUAUAUCAUGGAUAUAUGUUUUAAUAAACGGUGCUUUAAGAGA